UUUUAUUACUGUCAAGUGUCAAAGCAAAGUACUCUUCAAAUAAUUUCAUUAUUCAGUUUCGUUUCAGUGCUUUCAGUCAGUCCAAAACAUCUAGAUAUGCGUGAUGUGGGUGCCAACGCAAGGAAAAUACAGUUAAAAAUAAAAAAAUUGUGAAAUAGUCAUAAAACUUUUGUUUCCACACACCUCACAAGCCUCCAAGGACAUGGAAGACGAGUUAGAGGAUCGAGUUUUGCAUCAAACGUAUCUUUCUUUUAUGAAAAUCGUGACGCGCUUCACGAGUAGUGCUCCGCUUGAUACUCCGGUGAGCUAUUUAUGGAAGAUGGUGCGUCUUUAUUUGUUGCGGUCUGAGGUAGCAGUGAUCACUCUGGGUAUAAUAUUGUUUAUUAUGUAUCUGCACACAAUUGAACAGUGGAGUCGCACGUUACUAAGUCGACUCUCACAGGCCAUGAGCCCUAUCAGUUCUGUUCAGCGUUUGAAGUUUAUGGAAGGGUCUGAGGCUGAUAAACAAAGCUGGGAACUUAAAGGUUCCCUCAGUGCAGCUUAUGCAAUCAAAGGAAGAAGGAUGCAUAUGGAAGACAGAUUUAUCAUUAAUGAGAACAUCAACAGUACAGGUAUCUCCCUCUUUGCCAUAUUUGAUGGGCAUGGUGGAGAAUUUGCUGCAAACUAUGCAAAAGACCAUCUUAUACAAAAUCUUUACAACAAAAUAGUAGAAUUAAAUGCUUUCAAGGAGGGAAAAAUCAUUAGCACUCCUACUAAAGAUAAUGCAGAGGAUGAAAAACCGCAAGAUCAAGAAAGCAAUUCAAAUGUUGAACGAAAAACUAGCUUCAAGAAAUCAGUGAGCACUGCUGAUGACACAUCUAAAAAGGAAAUAACUGACCCAGAAUUGCUGGCGCAGCUCUCAAAGGCCAGACCAAUAAUAACAAGGGAAGUGAGGCCAACAAUACCAAUAAAAAAUGUUGCUGUACCAUUGAGCAGCUAUUUAGAUAAAGGGAAAAUAAACUUUGGCAAGUUGCUGACCGAUGAAGUGUUGGCCGCAGACCGACUGUUGGUGGAGGCAGCAAAGAGGUCUAUGAAUGUUGCCGGAACCACUGCACUGCUCGCUAUAAUGGAGGGCAACCACCUGAUAGUUGCCAAUGUGGGAGACUCCAGGGGUGUCAUGUGCGACUUGAGAGGAAAUGCCAUUCCUGUAUCUUUUGACCAUAAACCUCAACAGGUAAGGGAACAGAAAAGAAUAGAAGCAGCUGGAGGCUACAUAGCAUUUAAUGGCGUUUGGCGUGUUGCGGGCAUCCUGGCAACCUCUCGGGCAAUGGGAGACUACCCACUGAAGGACAAAAAGUUUGUUAUUGCGGACCCUGACAUUCUCACGUUCAACCUCAAUGAUCACAAGCCUGUGUUCCUUGUUCUGGCCUCUGAUGGUUUAUGGGAUACCUUUUCCAAUGAAGAAGCAGUCAAAUUUAUUAAGGAACGAUUGGAUGAACCGGACUAUGGAGCAAAAAGUCUGACCCUCCAGGCUUACUACAGGGGCUCUGUUGACAACAUAACAGUGCUGGUAAUCAAUUUCCUGGACAACAAAAUUGCGUCUUCUGCCACACAGUAACUGGAUCUCAAUAGAAAACUGCUUAAAUCCAUAUUAAUGAAAGACAAGGAUGCAACCCCCGGACAGGCCGACACUUUGUGUGGUUGAGUGGCUUGGAGCUGGAUAUGAUAUUGCAAGCCAUUGGUACAAAUGUAUGGAUGCUUCAUACUAAAUUUUGUUGGUACAAGUUCCUAAUUAUAUUUGGUUCCCUACACAAUUUUCUAUAAAAUAGAAAUUUGUGGCAUAAUACAAGCAACUUGCCAGAUUGUCUUUACUUCAAAUAUAUUAAAUGGGAACUGGAGUGAGAAGUAAAUAUAAUGACAUUGCAUGCAUUUCAAUGUACUGUAAAGAUUUGUUGUCCUUGAUGUGUAUUAGAUAAGUCAUAAUUUGUAUUCUAUUUGUAUAUACCUAACAUUUAUAGUUGAAACAACUUCAGAAUGUGGUUAUGAUAACAUAUUCAUAUAUAUGUGUCUAAAUAAAUAUGUCCAUAAAUUUGUCCAGUAGUUAUCUUGCUUUAACAAAGAAUUUAUAAUAUUUUUGAAUGUUGAACAUAUACUGUCGUGUAAAAAGGAAAUUUUUGAAUUUAUGCAUGGUUGUGAUGGUCACAGAAAUUUGUUAAAAAUUAGUAAAAAAAAAGGUAAUCUUGUUUGAGUAAUUAUCUAUUUAUCUGUUAUAGUAUAGAAUAGUUAUGAUUUGUAAGACUUUUGGGAUGUUUUUAAGUAUCAAAUCGUGUAAUUGCUUAUUUACAUUUAAAUAGUACCAUGCAUUAGUGAUCUUAGGCCUCCUUGCACCAUCCCACUAACCCGGGGUUAACCGGUUAAAACGUUAACCCAGUGUCAAAUUGUACUGGUAACCGUGGUAACUCCAGGUUUAACCGGUAAACCCGGGGUGUGAAAACAAACCUACGUUUUAUCCUUGCAUAAUAUUGAAUUGUGUUCAGACUGUAAUAUAUAAAAAAAUGUUGCACUUGAUGUGGCUCAUGUUUUAGUUUUAUAAAUUUGAAAGUUGUUAAAGAUGUAGUGCAUAAUUAUUUUCCAUCGUAUUUUCACGGAAACGUACGAACGUGUCUUGCUAUUUCAGUCAGUCUUAGAAAAAGUACUGAGGUUGACUGAAGUAGCAUGACAAAUACGAACGUUUAGAAAAUACGAUGGAAAACAAUUAUGCACUACAUCUGUACCGAGUUUUUGCUUCUGGUGCUAAUAUCAUCAUCAGGUCAUUUUGCGUAACAGUUAAAACAUGUUUAGAUACAUCUCAGAGAAGAACUUUAUAAUAACAUUGAAUUGUCAUAUCGCCAUAAUAUGGUUUACUAAACAUAAUUAAUAUAUAUGAAUUACAUGUUUAGUAAUGUUGAUUGAAUGGUUGCUCUCACAGCUCCAUCUAGUGAAACCAGCAUAUAAACGGCGCUAUACCUAUUGUUCUUCGACGUUAUAACUCUAUUGUCUCUAAAUUUUAGAUAUGCCUAAUGCAGCUUUUUACACUACUUUGUGCAAUAACAUUGUAUAAAAUACAGUGUGUAGAUAUUACUAUAAAAUAUUUUUGUACGUUGUAUCUUACUAAAUAUACCUUACAUAAUUUAAUGUAUCCCGCAUUACUAACAAGUACAAUAUUUUGUCAACCUAAAAAAUCAAGAUUAAGUCCUUUUUGAGAUCAUGUUAAAUAGGGGCCAAAUUCACGUUCGCUAACUCAUUGAAAAUGUGGCAUGGUAAAAUUUGCAGUGACAUCUUAUCUUAAGGAAAAGUGAUAAAAGUGCCAAACAGUAUUCUUGAAUGUCCAUAAUUACGUAAAUGUAUUGCGGUACAGUCAGCUGCAGAGAAAAGUAGGCUCUUGUAUAGGGGUGUAUACUGCUUUCUUUGGCUGACUGUAGGUUAAGGGAGGGUAUCGUUCUGCGGGGCUACCGUAAGUGACAGCGCGACUCAUUGCUAGUGAGAACAGCUACACUGCUCUUAAUAGAAGUUAGUAGGUAACAGUAAAGUUAAAAAGCAAAGUAUCGCAAUGGCACUUAGGUAAGCUAGCCUUGCUAAAAUAAACUGCUGCUAGCUACAAAAUUUGCACCAACAGGAAUGGUUACGCUAAUGUACGAUUUCGACAUAUGAUGAGAUUAAUUCGUCGCCCGGGCUUACUCAUUGCUUUUCUGACCUAAUUCGGCCCUGGGCUAUAACCGCGCAAACCGAAGUUCGCAAAUCGCGGGCAUCUUUCUCUUUCACUUUAAUUACGCCUUAAUGGCAGUAAAAGAGAAAGAUGCCUGCAAUUUGCGAACUUCUGUUUUCGCGGUAGGCCCCCUGUUGACUCGCAGGAGUGUUAUAUAUUCUUGCCACCGUUACCUAUUCAUUCUAAAUAUUGUUCAAUGUAUAGUAAGUUUGAAUUAGUGAUGUGAUUUGCCCAUCUACCAAAGUGUAAUUAUUGUACGUAAAUAAAUAUGUAUUAAUAAAA